UUAAACCUUAUUAUACCAGAAAAGGUAGGAGAGGCAUUGAGUAGUGUUAGUGGAAGUGAGUGCGAUGGAGAUGGAUCCUCCACCCAAGAGCUGGAGCAUCCACACCCGAUCCGAGAUCAUCGCCAAGUACGAGGUCAUGGAGCGGGUCGGGUCGGGGGCUUACGCCGACGUCUACCGCGGCCGUCGCCUCUCCGACGGCCUCAUCGUGGCCCUCAAGGAAAUCCACGACUACCAGUCCGCUUUCCGAGAAAUCGACGCGUUGCAGCUCCUCCAGGGAUUCCCAAACGUCAUCGUUAUGCACGAAUAUUUCUGGCGCGACGACGAGGACGCCGUCCUCGUCCUCGAGUUCCUCAGGACCGACUUGGCAACCGUUAUCGCUGACGCCGCCAAGGCCAACCAGCCCCUCCCCGCCGGCCAGCUCAAGCGGUGGAUGAUCCAGAUUCUCUCUGGCGUCGACGCCUGUCAUAGCAACAUGGUCCUCCACCGUGAUUUGAAGCCCUCGAAUCUCUUAAUUUCCGAAAACGGCCUCCUCAAGAUCGCCGAUUUCGGACAGGCAAGAAUUCUCACGGAGCCUGGAAUUGAUAAUGACGACACUAGUCCUAAUACUCCCGAUGGAAAUGCAACAUGCACCACAAGUGACAUAAACAAGGAAGAUGAUGAAGAGAAUGAACUUGGUUGUUUCACUUCAUGUGUUGGGACUCGUUGGUUUAGGGCUCCUGAGUUGCUUUAUGGAUCCAGAGACUAUGGUUUGGAGGUUGAUUUGUGGUCCUUGGGAUGUAUAUUUGCGGAGCUUUUAACUUUGCAGCCUUUGUUUCCUGGAACUGCUGAUAUUGACCAGCUCAGUAGAAUCAUCAGUGUUUUGGGUAACCUUGAUGAGAGUGUUUGGGUUGGUUGUUCUAAACUUCCUGAUUAUGGGAUAAUCUCCUUUAGCAAGGUGGAGAACCCUGCUGGAAUUGAAGCCCGUCUACCAAAUAGGUCCCCUGAUGAAGUGGCUCUGGUGAAAAGACUGGUUUGUUAUGAUCCUGCUAAGAGGGCUACGGCAAUGGAGUUACUUCAUGACAAGUACUUUAAUGAAGAGCCUCUUCCUGUGCCGAUAUCUGAGCUGCCAGUUCCUCUUAACAGAAACGGACAAGAUGAGGAUUCCCCUGGUGGGUGGGGUGAUCUGGAUGGAAUGGAAUCUGAUUCUGAUUUUGAUGAGUUCAAUAUCACUAGAACUGGUACCGGUUUCUCCAUACAGUUUCCUUGAAGAAUUCAAGGUACAUCGUAUCCUUGGAACCUCCCUUUACCUUGUGUGGUGUUGUUCAAAUGGUAAUUAUUUGGUGAGAAUAUUUAUCAGAAUUUUUUUUUUCUGAUUUGAUGUUCACGUGUGAACAGAGAGAUAAACACUACUGAAAAAAACUUGAUGGACUGUGUUAACAUGAAUUCAUACUUGACCAUGACACUCACAGUUGUAAUACAUGGAUUUGCAUCUUGUCAUAUUUACAGAUAUAACGUAUUAGUAACUAGUUUUUUUU